AAUAGCAAGGCAUUAAUUAUGUGCUGCGUACUGUUCCUUCAGAAUGAAGACUGAUGCUGAACUGCAGGUUGCCAAUCAGAGAUUGUGCUGUGAGGAGAAUGAUGGUCUGAAGCUGAGUGUUUAAAUCGGGGCAGACCCACUGGGAAAACUCAGAUUUAUUUUGUCACUGGUUUGCAACUGGCCACACCAAGAAUGAAGAACUGUUGAGAUUCAUACGGCUGGCUGAUUUACAGUGCGUCACCUUUCUCACUGAUGGACUGGCAAUUGCUAUGUCUGCAGUGCUGAUGAUAAUCCAGCUCUGAAUUCAAUGCUGCUGAAUAAUUCUCAGGUUUACAUCUUAUAGAGCUGCACUGCUUCUCACCCAAGAUCUGGACAGAAAGAGCAAAUGUGGACAUGGCUGGUCUCAUUAACAAAUUGGUGUUAGUCUUUCUGAUCCUUCAGAAUAACUGUAUGGGUCAUGAAAGUACACUCUCUCUCUUAAAGAGAUAUCGGCAAAGUGCAUGGGCAUAUCCCUCUGAUUGUCCCAGAAACAGACAUCCAGUGAUUUCCCACAAUUCUUUUAACCUUGACGUUCGGAUGCCUGGGGUAACACCAGUAGUGUCAGAUAGCUACUUCUGCAUGUCAGUUCCUGUGCCAUUUGGACAGAAAUCCUAUAUAGUUGACUUUCAACCUCAUGCAAACAUGGAUACUGCCCAUCAUAUGUUACUGUUUGGAUGCAAACUGCCCGCCACUAACGAUAAUUACUGGGCCUGUGGAAAUCGAUACGGAACUUGCUUGGAUGAAGCAAAAAUUAUGUAUGCCUGGGCUAGGAAUGCUCCACCAACUAGAUUACCUGCUGGAGUUGGAUUUAGAGUUGGCGGAAACUCUGGAAUAAACUACAUUGUGCUUCAGGUCCACUACGGCGACAUCCAUGCAUUUAGAGAUAACCACAAGGAUUGCUCUGGUGUAACGCUACAAAUGACACUUGUGCCACAGCCUCUGAUUGCUGGCAUAUAUCUCCUCAUGUCUGAAAAUACUGUAAUACCACCAGGAGCAAAAGUGGUGAAUGGAGAUAUUGCGUGCCCUUACGAGGAGGCUGUAAUCCACCCAUUUGCCUUUAGAACCCAUACUCAUCAGCUCGGUCAGGUGGUUAGUGGAUACAGAAUCAGGGAUGGACAAUGGACGCAAAUUGGGAGGCAGAGUCCACAGCUGCCACAGGCUUUCUAUCCUGUGGAGAAGCCAAUGGAUAUUAAAUAUGGUGAUACUAUUGCAGCGCGAUGUGUUUUUACAGGCAAGGGGAGGACAACAGUAACACAGAUAGGAGGAACAUCUCAAGAUGAAAUGUGCAACUUGUAUAUUAUGUAUUACAUGGACGCUCAGUAUGCCAAGCCUUACAUGUUUUGCACAAAGGAUGGGAGUCCAAAAUUAUUUAAACAUAUUCCACCAGAAGCAAACAUCCCGAUUCCUGUCAGCCCUGAUAUGGCCAUGCAUGGACAUCACCCAGGUAAAGAAGCAGCAGAUAAAAGUGUUGCACUCCAGCAACCAAAACGUGAGGAGGUGGUCCUUGAUCAAGGUAAUUUUUAUGCACUCAUUUCCAAGCUCCUUGGAGAAAGAGAAGACGUGGUUCACGUGCAUAAGUACAACCCUACCCAGAAGGCAGAAUCAGAUCUAGUUGCUGAGAUUGCUAAUGUGGUACAAAAGAAGGACCUUGCUUCUGGUACAAGGGAAUUUUUGGAAUUUGAUGAGAGAUUUGAUCCUGCCCUAGUACGAGACAGAGUUCACAAAUUCCACAGGCUAGAGUCUACUGUAAGGCCUUCUGUCAAUAAGCUUCUGUCAACUCUGGAGCAUAGACCUGAGGUAGCCAGCAGAGACACUGAACAUAAAGGAGCUUCUCACUUGGAAGAAGUUAUUGACUGGCCUGUGGAGGAACUACAACUGGGCCAAGUUUCUGGAGUUGCUCUGGAUUCCAAAGAUAACCUAAUCAUUUUCCACAGAGGAAACCAUGUCUGGGAUGAGAAUUCUUUUGAUCGAAAGCAUAUAUAUCAACCACAAGGUAUUGGACCAAUACAACAAAGCACUAUCUUCACUGUGGAUCCAGUUAAUUUAAAAAUCCUCAACGCUGUAGGAAGAAAUAUUUUCUAUUUGCCUCACGGCAUUAGCACAGAUAAAGAUGACAACUUCUGGGUAACUGAUGUGGCACUUCAUCAGGUUUUCAAACUGGGAUCUAAAGGUGAAUAUUUAUUGAUUCUGGGACAAGCCUUUCAACCUGGAAGUGACAAGGAUCAUUUCUGUCAGCCCACUGAUGUGGCUGUAGAUCCAGCCAAUGGCAAUUUCUACGUGUCUGAUGGCUACUGUAACAGCAGGAUUAUUAAAUAUUCGCCAGACGGAAAGUUCAUUACACAGUGGGGAGAAGAGAGUUCACUUUCCAGGAUACCCAAACCAGGUCAAUUCUUCAUUCCACACAGUUUGGUGUUCGUGCCCGGAUUGAGGCAGCUGUGUGUCGCAGAUAGGGAGAAUGGACGAAUUCAGUGCUUUGUAGCAGAAUCGGGAGAAUUUCUCCGUGAGAUUCAUCACCCGGAAUUUGGAGGACGACUGUUUGCAGUCUCCUACACACCUGGCAAUGGUGGUCGAUUAUAUGCAGUCAAUGGAGAGGCACUUGUUGGCAAUAGUGUUCCAGUACAAGGAUUUGUAAUGAAUUUUUCAACUGGAGAAAUACUGGAUAUUUUCAAACCAGCCAAAGAGAAUUUCCUGAUGCCACAUGACAUUGUCGCAGCAGAUGAUAGGACUGUUUAUAUUGGGGAUGUCCAGGCAAGCAGAUUGAGGAAAUUCAUACCAUCAGAAAAAGCUGAACACCGUUCAGUAAAGAAAGCGGGGCCCGGUAUUGAGGUACAUGAAAUUGAUGCAACUGAGACAUUUCUAGAAGCAGAAAUAGAAGGCAAGAUGAAAGCCCCUGAUGUGCUUGAGAAGCAUAAUAGGAAGAAUAUCCUCAAGCAGGCCAGCACUGCAGUUUCUCCCGUCCUUAUUACGUUACUGCUGGUUAUUCCUGUUGUGGUGUUAGUAGGCAUCGGAGUUUUCAUCCACUGGCGAAAGGGCAAGAUGUAUGGAGAAGAUGCUGACAGCAAAUUGGAGUCAAUACAAUCAUCAGGAGGAAUCUUGGGAAGAUUUAGGGGAAAAAACAGCCGAGGACUUAACCUGGGCAACUUCUUUGCAAGUCACAGAGGGUACAGUCGAAAGGGUUUUGACAGACUAAGUACUGAAGGAAGUGAUCAUGAAAAAGAUGAGGAGGGCACAGACUCAGAAACAGAAGAAUAUUCAGCACCGCCAACCACCUCAUCCUCCUGAGAUAUGCUAAUUCAAGUUUGAUCCAAUGAGGGUGACCAUAUGUUGAACUCUCAUUCUUUUUCCCUAAAAGCAGAUGUAUUCAGGAUAUGUGUUAUAUUGUAUUUGUAUUAGUCUGUUUUGGAUAUACAACAUGUACUUUUAUUUAUUUUUUUUUGAAGAUUUUCAUAUCAUGCUGUUGCUAACAUAUUUGAAGAGUCAAAUCUGUUUUACUCUAGGGACCAGGUAUUAUCUUUAAUUCAAGCACAUCUCCUGCUUCAGACCAUCUUACUCUUUAUUUAAUUAUUACUGCCUUAUUUUGCAAGAGCUAUGAACCUGUGUUGGUGAAUCAGUAAGUUUUCUCUGCUUGACAUGUAGCAUUUGGCUACCGUCCUGUCUGGCACUUUAGUCUAUAUUUCCAGUGUGUAAUAUUGUGCCUUCUCUAUCGAGCAUUGUCAGCCUACUUUAGUAUAAUUAAAUUGUGCCACAGAAAAGAAACAAAGCUGCUGCUUUGUGUCUUAGAUUCUCCAUAAUUGUCAUUUUUGCUUUAUUUGGUGCAGAGAAAAUAUGUGUAUACAGAGAUAAAGUUUCUGUAUUUGCAACAAAAAUCAAUUUUUUCUGAUGUAUUCAUAGUAAAUGUCAAAUACAUUGAAUCUGGGGGAAAAUUGUUAUAUUGUCAGAACACUAUUUUCGGUCACUGAAUGUAAUUUGUGUAAUAAAGUGUUCGCAAGCAUUA